ACUGCACCUGGUUGAACUAACUUUGUGUGCUUCCUUUUGAGAUAUGUGACUAUUAUCCAUCUUGAUUUUUCAUAUGUUCAUCUUGCUUGCCAUUGGAUAUGAUUUCCUUGUAGUGUCAUCAAUAUUCAUGUAUUUAGUCCCUUUUGUAGUUCAUCUCCAAUCAUUGUAGCAUGUUAAGGUAUUUAUAGACUCUUGAAUUAUUGAACUUUAUAGCAGCUGUUUUGACUGUCAUUUUUUUCUACAAGAAAAAGGAAAGCAUAAUGAAGUCACCCAUAACAGUCCUUGUAUUAUCCCUGUUAAGCUUUGCCUUAAGUUUAACUAUGUCGUCGCCAGUACCUUUGUCGAUGCCUAAUUGUGAUCAAAAGUGUGGAAAUGUCAUCAUUCCCUUUCCGUUUGGGAUUGGUUCCAACUGUAGUGCAAAUUCCUCCUUCACUGUCAUCUGCCGGAAUUCCACAACACCAUUCUUGAGUAGCAUCAGCAUGGAAGUUCUUAAUAUUUCCAUCAGAGGUACAGUCAUAGUAAAGCAGCCGGCGGCGUCAACUAUGAAUUGCUCUACUAGUCUGACCACAGCUCGUCUUCCAAUAUCUCUCAAAGGAAGUCCGUUUACAAUCUCAGCACGCUACAACUCGUUGGUUGUGUCAAGCUGCAAGAAUUCAGUCUGGUUGCAAGCUAAUGAGACGACUAUUCUAGGAGGAUGUACAUCCAUGUGUGAUGCCAACACCACAGAAACUAACUGCAACGGCGUUAACUGCUGCCAAGCAACACUUCCACCGCAACUCAAGGAGCUCGAGUACAAGUACAAAACAACUCAAGCUAGCAAUGAUGAUAAUAGCUCUUGCGGAUAUGUUCUCCUAGUCGAGAAGACAUGGUUAACAAAUCAUUACGAAAGCUUCAAAGCAUUAGAGCAAGGACUGGGAUUUGCUCCUUUGGUACUUGAGUGGGAAUUCGGUGAACUGAAAGGUUGUACUAACAGAACUUGCACAUAUUCUAAUGAUUAUUGCCUCUCAUAUCCUGAUGAAUUUGGCCGCAGAUAUGUAGAUGUUACUACCGAUUGUUUGCGCAUACAUCUUGAUGAUGAAUGCAACACAUAUCCGGCUCGUUAUGGAUGUGAAUCAUCAUCUCUUUCUAAUCAAAUUUCAUAUAAUAAUGAAUAUGAAAAUUUCCAUUCAUCCUAUUAUGAUGGAUAUGGUUAUGCAUCUUCAACCAAAUACUGUUCUUGCCCUAACGGAUAUGAAGGUAACCCGUAUCUACCAGAGAAAUGCAUUGAUAUAAACGACUGCGAUGAUGCUUAUUCUUGUCAAGAACCAUAUUCUUGUCACAAUGUUAAAGGGGGUUUUCAAUGUAUUGAUGAAAAUGCCAAAUAUAAAGCUCGACUGAGAACAGCGUUCAUCAGUGUUGGCUGUAGUCUCGGUGCUCUGAUUCUACUCCUUGUAGCUAUGGGGGUGAAAAAAGUCAUCAGAAAAAGAAUCAAGGCCAACCAGAGACACAAAUUUUUCAAGCGAAACGGGGGGCUAUUGCUGGAACAACAGCUUUCUGCAACUGAUAAUGGGCUUGACAAGACCAGAUUGUAUAGCUCCAAAGAGUUGGCACUGGCUACUGAUCACUAUAACCAGAACCGCAUACUUGGCCGUGGUGGCCAAGGCACGGUCUACAAAGGAAUGUUGAAGGAUGGUAAGAUUGUGGCAGUCAAGAAAUCACAAAAGUUAGAGGAAUGUGACAUUCAAGUCUUCAUAAAUGAAGUGGUUAUUCUAUCACAAGUGAACCACAGGAAUGUGGUUAAGUUACUAGGAUGCUGUCUCGAGACUGAAGUUCCUCUUCUCGUCUACGAGUUCAUUCCAAAUGGAACUCUCUUCCAACUCAUUCAUGAGCCAAGUGAAGAGUUCCCCUUGACAUGGGAAAUGAGAGUGAGAAUUGCAAGAGAAGUAGCGGGUUCGCUUUCUUACUUACACUCUUCAGCAUCUGUGCCUAUCUAUCACCGCGAUAUCAAGUCCACAAACAUACUAUUGGAUGAAAAAUACCGCUCUAAGGUCUCAGAUUUUGGCACGUCAAGGUCAAUAGCUCUUGAUCAGACACACUGCACCACCCGAGUUCUAGGCACCUUUGGCUACUUGGAUCCGGAGUAUUUCCAGUCGAGUCAGUUCACAGAAAAGAGCGACGUCUAUAGUUUUGGCGUGGUUAUGGUUGAGCUUUUAACCGGAGAGAAAGCUGUGACAGCAAUUAGAGCUGAGGAGGGAAGGGGUUUAGCCACACAUUUCUUGCACUCAAUGGAUGAAAACAUGUUGUUCGAAAUUCUUGACGCAAGGGUCCUCAGAGAAGGCAAGAGGGAUGAAAUCAUGGUUGUAGCUCAACUUGCUAGAAGAUGUCUGAAUUUGAACGGGAAGAGAAGGCCAACAAUGAAGGAAGUUUCAAUGGAAUUGGAAGGAUUAAAAAAGGUGGAAGAAUGCUCAAAUGUUAAAGAUAGAGAUGGUGGCAGCAGAGAGUUUCAUCCUCUUUCUAUUGAGCUUCCUGAGUCUAUCAGCUUCUCUUCCAUCACUCCGUUUUCGCCAGAAGCUGAGUAUCCAUUUCUUGGUUAGUGAACCCUGUAUAG